GCCACUCUCAAUCCCCCUGAAAGCCUUCCAAGUAGUCUUUGCACAAGCUUUUACAACAAAAGUUCGCAUCUUCCCUCAGAGAUUCCCUCCCCCUUCUUCUUUUCUGGAUCAUCCCCCAAUUUAUCCUCUCCUCUCCUCACCGCCAUAAAAUCCACUUUCUUCUUCUCCAAACACAUACAAAAAAAGAAAAACACAUUCAAAUUCAUUCGAAUUCAAAAUAAAAUAAAUAAAAAAUGCUUCGUCUCUGUAAUCGAUACCGACGCUGUAUUCCCUUCUCUCUCCGUCGCCAUCGCACUUUCUCAAUCUCCUCCCCCUCCUCCCGCCGCCCUGACAAUUCGACCCAAUACCCCAAAGAUCUCAAAAAUCCCCUUCCUCCUCCGCCGUCUCCGCCGCCGCCCGCCCUCCUCCGCCACCACUCCUGCACCCUCUCCCCCCUCCCCUCCUCCCUCUCCCUCAUCGCCCUCUCCGCAGCCCUAAUCUCUGCCCUCGCCGCCUCCUACGCCCUCUUCUCCACCACCGAGACCGAGCCCAAUCAGAAAUUGAGCCGUAUCUACUCCGAUUUCGAGCACGCAAUUGAUCGCUCCAAUAACUCUUUGAGGCGAAUUCUCAACCGGAUGAAGCAGACUGGUGUGGCCGCUUCCGUGCUCUGGAAGUCGCUUAGGUCGGUCAUGUCGUCGGCCAAUCACGAGGUCCGGUCCGGGUUCGAGUUUAGGGUUGCGGCCUUUCUCGCCGACAUUGCCGCCGCCAAUGCCAGUCGGAGAGCGGCGAUCGUCGGCGCCGGUGGCGGUGCGGUCGUGGAUUGGCUUCUUGAGGCGGUGGCGGUGUUUGGGGAUAAUUGUGGGACUCAGGCUGAGGCGGCGAGAGCGUUGGCGUACUUGAUUGCUGAUCCAAAUGUGUCUGAGGUUGUUCUUGGGAGGCCUUACGCUGUUCCUUAUCUUCUGAGAUUCAUCUUCGCUUCUCAGCCUCAACCAUCAAAGAAGCAGUCAAGACGUACUUCAUUCGAUAUUUCUGAUUCUUUGAAAGGUAGGAGCAUGCUUGUUGCUGCCCUCAUGGAUAUCAUCACUUCCAACUGCGAUAGGUUAGACAAGGUACAGCUCAAGCCUUCACUGCCUGGAAAUGCUGAAAUGAGAGAUAUUGCAGCAGCCAUUGAAGUUAUUGAGGAAGGUGGUAUGCAUUUGGAUGAUCAUCAUGGAUCUGAAGAGGGGGAAGAUGGUGGAAAUGGAAUGGAGGGUAUUGGAAUUAAAAUUCUUGGAGGUACAACAGUUGUAGGGCUUUCAAGAACUAAUGGAGUAAAGGAAUUGGAGCUUUCCAAUGCUAGUCACUUUGGUUCACCCAACUUUAGUCUUAAAAACCUCUUGUUCAACAAAAUAAAUAAUAGUUCCCAAGAAAAUGUGACUUCUGCUGUUGUUCCUGGCCUCUGGGAUGAUUUGAUUUGUCAACAUGUUGCUGUGCCUUUUGCUGCUUGGGCAUUAGCAAAUUGGGCAAUGGCAUCAGGUGUGAAUAGAUCUCAUAUUCAGGAACUAGAUCAAGAUGGACAUGCUGUUAUGACUGCUUUAACAACGGCUGAACGAUCUGUGAAAUGGCACGGGAGUUUGGUGGCUCGCUUACUUUUAGAGGACCGUAAUUUGCCCUUAAAUGACUCUGUUCCUGAUUGGAGUUUCAGUCUUCUUUCUACUGUUUCUCAAGCAAGCAAGAGUGAAGACAUUCCUUUGGCACAGAUUGCUUUGUCUGCAUUUUUGGUUUCCAUUGAGAGAAGCCCUGCAGCACAGAAGGUAGUAGUGGAGAAGGGUCUUCAUCUGAUGAGAGAAAUUGCUAAAUAUGCUACAAAGCAUAAGCCCGUACAGGAAGCAUUGGCAAAGGUUUUAGAAUCACUUUUCACUGGGGACAUGCACAUGUCUCUCGAAGAAAGUCAAAAGUGGUCGGGUGUCCUGCUUUCUUGGGUUUUUGGAAACUUAUCCUCUGACACUAUGCGAUCUUCAGCUACUACAAUUCUUUCUCAGAUUUUUGAGGACUAUGGGCCAUCUUCCAUACCAAUCUCUCAAGGAUGGUUGGCUCUUUUACUUGCUGAUAUUCUGGGUUCCAGUAAGAUGAAGGGAAACACUCAGCCUAAAACAGACAAAGUGAAGACUCAAAUAGAUCAGGCGAACUUACUGUAUGGUCAACAGGUUGCCAAUCAGUUAGCAGAUGCUGUUGUUAAAUUGGCGAUAAAUCAGCUGGGAACAGCCACCAAGAGUGGUGAUACAUUCCCUUUAGAAGAUCUUCUCAAUCUUGAACCCUUUUCUGGUCCAUUUAAAAAUUUGAAGAAAGAUAGUCUGCCUAAAUUUGAUGCUGCAGAUUCUGCAUUGGCUACCCUUAAGGGGAUUAAAGCACUGACAGAACUCUCUGCUGAAGAUUCUGUUUGUCAAAACAAAAUAACUGAUUUUGGAAUCUUGUGUUUGUUAAGGCGCUUUUUGUUGCAAGAUGACUACGAGCAAUUAGCUGCAGCUGAAGCAUAUGAUGCAUCGCGGGCCCAGGAAAUGCAAGAUCGGGUCUCCAAUGCUUCUGAUGAGCCUUCAGUUGUAGACACUAAAGAUCCUUCUACUGUUCGAGUUCCACCUACAGCUCACAUUCGGAGACAUGCAGCUCGGCUAUUAACCGUUCUCUCUGUCCUUCCAAAGGUUCAGAAAGUAAUUGUAACAGACAAAGUUUGGUGUAAAUGGCUUGAGGAUUGUGCUAGUGGGAGGAUCCCAGGCUGCAUUGAUGCUAAGAUUCAAAGUUAUGCUAGAGCAACACUAUUAAAUGCAUUUUGCAAUUAUCCAAAUGGUAUAAUCUUCUCAAAUGAAAAUGACGCUGACUGUAAUUUCCAGAACCAAAACCGUAAAUGCCCUUAUUAUGCUGACAUGAUGAUUUUAAUCAAUCCCGAACUGCCACACUGGAAGUGUCCUGAAGAAUAUUUAGACACUGUCGGAAGGAAGCUCACAGAGAAUCCAAACUCUGCUGCAGAUGAUAGCUCAUCUAGUCAUACUGAUGAAACUCAGAGCUGCUCAAAAUCAGAGGUUCCUUCACUGGAUGUUGUGUUUGUUCAUGGCCUGCGUGGUGGGCCUUUCAAGACUUGGCGUUUAGCUGAGGACAAAGCAUCAACAAAGUCCGGCCUUGUUGAGAAGAUUGAUGAAGAGGCGGGGAAGCAAGGGACAUUCUGGCCUGGAGAAUGGCUUUCAGUUGAUUUACCUCAUGCCCGCAUGUUUAGUCUGAAGUAUAAGACAAAUCUUACCCAGUGGUCUGGAGCUACACUGCCUCUUCAGGAGGUAAGCUCCAUGUUAUUAGAGAAGCUUGUGGCUGCAGGCAUUGGGAGUCGCCCUGUUGUAUUUGUGACUCAUAGCAUGGGAGGCCUGGUUGUUAAGCAGAUGCUGUCUCAAGCAAAAGUAGACAAUAAAGAUGACCUUGUUGACAACACCAUUGGAGUUGUGUUUUACAGCUGCCCACAUUUUGGCAGCAAACUUGCAGACGUGCCCUGGAGAAUGGGUCUUGUGCUUCGCCCCGCACCAACUAUAGGGGAGCUAAGAAGUGGAUCACCAAGGCUGGUAGAGCUCAAUGACUUCAUUCGUAACCUUCAUAAGAAGAGGUUACUUGAGGUUCUCAGUUUCUGUGAGACCAAGGUAACUCCAAUUGUUGAAGGUUAUGGAGGUUGGGCCUUCCGAAUGGAAAUUGUACCAAUUGAAUCAGCAUAUCCUGGGUUUGGCGAGCUUGUUGUAUUAGAGUCAACAGAUCAUGUAAAUUCUUGCAAGCCUCUCAGUCGUAAUGAUCCAUCCUAUACAGAAAUUUUAGAUUUCUUGAAGAAACUGAUAGCCCAGCAGCACAGAUAAAGACAUGUUUUGGUCCGAAGUGCGUGCAUCAGAUGAUUGUACAUAACCAUUUGAGAAUCUGGAUUCAGCUUCAAGUAGCAAUUAGAUUUGCCACGGACCUGCCAGUAAUAGUGUAGAGUACACUUAGCACAUCCAUCUGCAGGAGGCGGGGGUGGCCUGCAUACCAAGAUAACAACACUAACAAUGUAGCUGGUGGAUAUACUGUGAUUCUUUCCAACAUUGCCUUCAGAUUGUAUUCAUACAUACUGUACAUUCCUGAUAUCAAAAAAAGUAAAAAAUAAAAUAAAA